AUGACGCCUCUGCUGACAGGAGUUCAAGAGUCUCAACAUGAGAAGAUCCUCACCGUCACUGGGGAGGGAAUUAUUCACAGUCCUAACUUCCCCAACACAUAUCCUCGCAAUACAGUUAUAGUGUGGAGACUGGUGUCAGUCACGGAGGCUUCCCGAAUCCAGCUGACCUUUGAUCAACGCUUUGGCCUGGAGGAUUCAGAAGAUGGCAUUUGCAAGUAUGAUUAUGUGGAAGUGGAGGAGCCUGUCGGAGGGAUGGUACUGGGGCGUUGGUGUGACUCCCAAGUGCCCCCAGGGCCUCAGGUAUCCAAGGGUAACCAGAUCCUGAUCCGCUUCGUCUCUGAUGAAUAUUUUCCAUCGGACCCAGGUUUCUGCAUCCGUUAUUCUUUACUUCAACAGAAACAACAGGAGCCUGAGGCAGCCGCGCAGGUACUGUCAUGGAUGCAGAGUGUUGAUGCUUUGAAUGAGGCUGUAUCUACUUUCAGUACAAUGGAGGAGGUGAUGAAAUACUUGGAGCCAGACCGCUGGCAGGUGGACAUGGAGGACCUUUACAAGCCUACUUGGCAGGUGGUGGGCAAGUCUUUCUUCCACCAAAAGAAAAGAGGAGUGGUGGAUCUGAACCUGCUUCGAGAGGAAGUACAGAUGUACAGUUGCACUCCACGAAAUUUUUCCGUCUCACUGCGCGAAGAGCUGAAAAAGACAGACGCGAUCUUUUGGCCUAGUUGCCUGCUGGUGAAGCGCUGCGGGGGAAACUGCGCCUGCUGCUCUCAUCGCUGCUAUGAUUGCCAGUGCUCGCCCACCAAGGUGGCCAAGAAAUACCAUGAGGUUUUAAUGCUAAAACACAGGACAGGGGGUCGCGGGCUGCAAAAAACUCUGACAGACGUCUCCUUGGAGCACCACGAGGAGUGUAGCUGUGUGUGUAAAAAUGACUCCGACUAAACCAGUCCCAGGAAAAUACACUGGCCCCCCAACAGACUUUGCUUCACCCAGGGAAUUUUUUCUGGCAAAGUGAGCUAAAGCGUUUUUACCCUGAUGUUGCAAACUAAUGCAACCCAGGUUUGGAGAUCUUAUCUUGACUCAUCUAAGCCUAUAGUUCCAUUCUCUUUGGGCUCCAAAUCCAUCAAGAAUUAACCCAUGAAGUUUCCACUGGCCUCGUGAUGAUAGCAUGGAAUAUUUGGAGAAUAAUUGGACACAGUCUUACUUCUGUGUGUGUAUAAUUUUCACAUGUACUGUAUGAGUGUGUGUGUGCACGCACACGAACAGAGCAAUGCAGGUUUAGGAAAUGAGAAUGCGGAAGAGAUCAUCUUAAAAAUUAUAUCUUGGAUUCCAGGAUAACUAGAUGGCCUGAAGUGGGUUUAGUGCUUUUGGUUUGGAUGAGUAAGUGAAAAAAAGGAAGAGAGAGAAAAUGAGAAAAAGCCAAACUAAACUAUGAAUUACUGUUACUCCAAAGGGACUCAUGUGUUUCCUAAAGAUGUGUUACUUGAGGAGCAAGCACAUUUGGCAACAGAUGUUUUCUUGAAUAGUUUUUGGUCUUUGCUUAUUUUUCAUCACAGAAAAUAUCAAAGGACCCUAGCUGUAAGACCGUGCAUCCACUUUCAAAGAUUGUGAUGGUUUGGACACUGUCUUUUAUAGGAUAUCCCAAAGACAUGAAUUUCUUGAAUUAACCAGCUCUUCUUAUCACUGAAUUGAAAGCCAAAUUUCAUUAAUAGUUUGUAAAGAAUCAUUCAGGGAAGAUAAGCUUGUCAUUUUGCUACUUUUCGAAAUGAAAUGAUUGAACAGCGGAAAUCUUUUUGCUCAUCUUUUACUGUUUGAAACGAACUAUAGACUCUUGUGAGAAUGGCUUCGUUCACACUGUUAAACUAUACAAAUGCAAAAGUGAAUCUUGUGUAAAUACAUUUAAAGUUCUGUUUUUUUGGACUUUUUUCUACAUUAUUACAAUUUUUGGUACUGAGAUUUUGGAAUUUUGUUAGAAUCUUUUUCCACUUUCAUAAUCACAGUAGUAUUUUGUUGCAGUAUUAGUCACUCUUUUGUGGAGACAUUUAUACUUUUCAAUUCCACUUGUUUGAUAUAUGUAAUAAAGCAUUGUUUUGGAUUGAGGAA